CAGCCGGCCGGGAGUUUGCGCCUGCGCAGAAGCCCUUCUGUUCUGGCGGUCGCGGCGCAGUGGAGGAGCUCGGGGUUCGCUGGGGUCGCCAGCCGAGAUGACUCAGGCGGAGAAGGGAGACGCGGAGAACGGGAAAGAGAAGGGCGGGGAGAAGGAAAAGGAGCAGCGCGGGGUGAAGCGGCCCAUCGUGCCCGCGCUGGUGCCGGAGUCGCUGCAGGAGGUUAGGGGCCGAGGGCGGGGCUCGCAAAUCCAGAGCAACUUCAUUGUUGUUAUACAUCCAGGAUCGACAACUUUAAGGAUUGGUCGAGCCACAGACACACUCCCUGCCAGCAUUCCACAUGUCAUUGCACGAAGACACAAACAACAAGGGCAGCCCCUAUACAAGGACAACUGGCUCUUAAGAGAGGGACUAAAUAAACCUGAAAGUAAUGAACAGAGACAAAAUGGACUUAAAAUGGUGGAUCAAGCAAUAUGGUCUAAAAAGAUGUCAAAUGGUACAAGACGGAUUCCUGUGUCCCCUGAACAGGCACGCUCCUACAACAAGCAGAUGCGACCUGCAAUUUUAGACCACUGUUCUGGAAAUAAGUGGACAAACACAUCUCAUCAUCCUGAGUUUUUGGUAGGAGAAGAGGCCCUGUAUGUUAAUCCAUUGGAUUGUUACAAUAUUCACUGGCCUAUUAGAAGAGGUCAGUUAAAUAUUCACCCAGGGCCUGGGGGCUCCCUUACAGCUGUUCUAGCAGAUAUUGAAGUAAUAUGGUCUCAUGCAAUUCAAAAAUACUUGGAAAUUCCGCUGAAAGAUUUAAAGUAUUACAGAUGUAUCUUGUUAAUUCCUGAUAUCUAUAAUAAACAACAUGUGAAAGAAUUAGUGAAUAUGAUCCUUAUGAAGAUGGGUUUUUCAGGGAUUGUGGUCCAUCAGGAGUCUGUGUGUGCCACCUUUGGAAGUGGUUUAAGCAGCACAUGUAUUGUAGAUGUUGGGGACCAGAAGACAAGUGUGUGCUGUGUGGAGGAUGGGGUCUCUCAUCGGAACACUCGGCUCUGUCUGGCUUAUGGGGGAUCUGAUGUAUCAAGAUGUUUUUACUGGCUGAUGCAGCGAGCUGGAUUCCCCUACAGAGAAUGCCAGUUAACAAAUAAAAUGGAUUGCCUCCUUUUGCAGCACCUAAAAGAAACUUUUUGUCAUUUAGAUCAGGACAUCUCUGGACUUCAAGACCAUGAGUUUCAGAUUCGACAUCCAGAUUCCCCUGCUCUACUUUACCAGUUUCGAUUAGGAGAUGAAAAACUCCAGGCUCCAAUGGCUUUGUUUUACCCAGCAACUUUUGGAAUCGUUGGACAAAAGAUGACAACUCUGCAGCACAGAUCCCAGGGUGACCCUGAGGAUCCUCAUGAUGAACAUUACCUGCUGGCCACCCAGAGCAAGCAAGAACAGUCUGCCAAAGCUACUGCUGACCGAAAGUCCGCAUCCAAACCCAUUGGAUUUGAAGGGGAUCUUCGUGGCCAGUCCUCUGAUCUUCCAGAAAGACUCCAUUCCCAGGACAUGGAUUUGGGAUCCUCCCAGGGAGACUGUCUGAUGGCUGGCAAUGAUUCUGAGGAGGCCCUCACCGCACUGAUGUCCAGGAAGACUGCCAUCUCGCUGUUUGAAGGGAAAGCCCUGGGCCUGGAUAAAGCCAUCCUUCAUAGCAUAGACUGCUGUUCAUCCGAUGAUACCAAAAAGAAGAUGUACAGCUCCAUCCUGGUGGUGGGAGGUGGUUUGAUGUUUCAUAAAGCUCAAGAAUUUCUGCAGCACAGAAUUCUCAAUAAAAUGCCACCUUCAUUCAGGCGAAUUAUUGAAAAUGUGGAAGUGAUCACAAGACCUAAGGACAUGGAUCCCCGGCUGAUUGCAUGGAAAGGGGGGGCAGUGCUGGCUUGUUUGGACACGACACAGGAACUGUGGGUCUAUCAGCGAGAAUGGCAGCGUUUCGGUGUCCGCAUGUUGCGUGAGCGAGCUGCUUUUGUAUGGUGAAAUGGGAGAAGUCACUGGGGAAGACCCAAAACAAGCCUUGGUAUAAAAAGACUCUUACAGAAUAUAUGUAUUUUAAUUUAUUGACCUAGAUGCUUAAGUUUCAUGGAAAAUAAAUGAAUUUUCAACUUUUA